AUGAAUGUUGCAAUGUAUAGUCACAGCUUACUAACCUCCAGCCGCCAAUUGCCGCCGCCCGCCAAAUUGGACUCCUCGGGCCAGAACUUCCAGCCCUUUGGCAACCUCCCAACCUUGGGCAGAGGAAAUGCCUCCGGCACCCCCACCCAUGGCUACGCCAUCCCCUCCAUAAACACUGGUGACGACAGAAGCAGCGCCGGCGCCGCAAGAAUGCCCAUGGUCCUGGGCUACGGGUCCUUGCCCGCCCAUUCCUCCAACUCCAUCUACAACCUCACCCAUCAGAAUGACCAGUCGCGCGCCCUGAUGCCCCACCAUCAACAACAGCUUCCUGCCCAUCUACCUGGCCAACAACACCCCCAACCGCAACAGGCACAACAGAACCAACCACCACAGCCUUCACAGCAGGCACCGCAGCCUCAGCCCGCCCAAACGGCGCCACAAGCACCGCAGCCUCAACAGCCCCAGCCGCAACAACACAUGCCUCAAGCGCAACAAAAUCAGCAAAUGCCGGCCCAGCAACUCGCUCUGGAACUCCAACAGCCCCCAAAGCUUCUCCUGCUGAACCAUGCCCACAAACCCUCUCCCACUCAACACUUGACCCCUCUGUCUUUCGUCUCUCCUGUCCCGGGUAAGCCCGAAAAACAGUCUGAGUCUCCACAGCAAGGCAAAUCUCCAGCUGCUGAGGAUGGAGACAUUAGUCGCAUUCCUCAUGGCUUGCUCAACCGCUCCUCCAGCUCCAGCAUGUACAAGCCUUUGAAUGUGAAAGAUGCCUUGUCUUACUUGGAUCAAGUCAAGAUGCAGUUCUACAGCCAGGCUGAUGUCUACAACAAUUUCUUGGAUAUUAUGAAGGACUUCAAGUCUCAAAGCAUAGACACCCCUGGCGUGAUUGACCGUGUUUCCACCUUGUUUCGUGGUCAUCCCAAUUUGAUUCAGGGAUUCAACACUUUCUUGCCCCCUGGAUAUCGUAUCGAGUGCUCUUUGGAUCCUUCUGACCCCAAUGCAAUUACUGUAACGACGCCCAUGGGGGAGACAACUCGUCCAAAUGUACCCGAAGCUCAAGUCCCAAGUGCUCCAACCUGGAGAGAGCAGGCACCACAACAAGUUCAACAGCAAUUCAACCAAGAGCAGCAGCAGCCAGCACAGAACCAAAACCCUUCUGGCCACCAGUUAGAAUUCAACCAUGCCAUUUCUUAUGUGAAUAAGAUCAAAACUCGCUUUGCAAAUCAGCCCGAUAUCUACAAGCAAUUUUUAGAGAUUUUGCAAACUUAUCAGCGUGAGCAGAAGCCAAUCGGCGAGGUUUACGAGCAGGUCACCCAACUUUUUGUGAACCUGCCAGACUUACUUGAUGACUUCAAACGUUUUCUCCCUGAUAGCGGUAAUCAGCAACAACAUGUUGAACCCCGUGCCGGAGAUGAGAGCUUGGUUGGACAAAUGGCUCAGCAGAAUGUUGCUGCUAACGUCGAACAUCCAUAUUACGCGGGAAACAUUUCUCAAUUGCCUCCGCUCGGCAACUUUCAACCUGCAACAGGCGCAACGGUCCCAGCAGACCAGCGUCCUUACCCAUUUUCUGCGGCCCCGGAGGUCGAGCAGAACAACAAAGAUGCUAUACUUCGUAAAAACAGUGAGCACUAUGACUACGAGAACAACUACAACGAUGAGGCGCAGUUCUCAAGUGUCCGCGGUGCUCCAAACCCAAUUCAAAAACAAAAGACUCCUGCCACCACUGGUGUUGUGCGUGCAAAUGCAACGCUCGUCCCAGGAAUUCCCGAGCCAGUUCCCCCAAAUGUUAUGGCCAAGGUAUCUUCGCUUCUGGAAGAACUCUCUUUCUUCGACAAGGUUAAAAGGGCAAUCGGAAACAAACAAACAUAUAACGAGUUUUUGAAAAUGCUCAAUUUGUUUUCUCAAGAUAUCAUUGAUAAGGACACUUUGGUGGAGCGUGUUGACCUGUUCCUCGGAGACAACCAUGCUGACUUGCUUAACUGGUUCAAGCAGUUUGUGGGUUUCGAAGAAAAAACUCAACACAUCGAGGACAUUACAUUCAAGAAACAUCAAAUCGAGCUUUCUUUGUGUAAGGCUUACGGGCCCUCAUACAGACAACUUCCAAAAGUUGAAACUUACAUGCCUUGCUCAGGAAGAGAUGAGAUGUGUUGGGAGGUUCUAAACGAUGAGUGGGUCGGGCACCCUACGUGGGCCUCUGAGGACUCUGGAUUCAUUUCGCACAGAAAGAAUCAAUAUGAGGAGAUCUUGUUCAAGAUUGAAGAGGAACGUUUGGAGUUUGAUUAUCACAUGGAAGCCAAUCUUCGCACAAUUCAAACUUUAGAAACAAUUGCCAAUAGAAUUGCAAACAUGACUUCUGAGCAGAAGGCUAUUUUCAAGCUUCCUCCUGGCUUAGGUCGUGUAUCUCAGACUAUCUACAAGAAGGUUAUCCGUAAAAUCUAUGACAAGGAUAGAGGGUUUGAAGUCAUUGAUGCUUUGCAUGACAAUCCUGCUGUCGCCGUUCCUGUUGUUCUUAAGAGAUUGAAGCAAAAGGACGAGGAAUGGAAGCGCGCUCAAAGAGAAUGGAACAAGGUUUGGCGGGAGAUGGAGCAAAAAGUCUUUUACAAAUCCUUAGAUCACUUAGGAUUGACAUUCAAACAAGCAGAUAAGAAACUUCUCACAGCUAAGCAGAUGGUCAGCGAAAUUAGCACCGUCAAAAUUGAGCAACAAAACAAGCGUCUUCAUCCCUUGACACCUAAGCCGCAAGAGCAACUCAACUAUACUUUCGACGACCGUGAGGUGAUUUUUGACAUCUUGCGUCUCAGCGAAUUCUACAUCCACCACUCCUCGAACUACUCUCUGGGAGAUCGUGAAAAGUUGGGCGCCUUUUUCAAGCACUUCAUUGGACUUCUCUUCGGUAUCGCUGGCGAGGACAUCGAAUCUGGUCUCGCAUUGCGUACUAAAGACAAGCAAACCGCUGAAACCACUACUUCCAACAUCGAUGAAAAUGGAACUGCUUCGGAACAGAACGACAGCGAGCCCGUGGUUUCUAAGAAACGUAGCAGAGAACACGAUUUGCUCAGAGAUGUAUUGAAGAAGCAGUCCAAGUCUAGAAAAGAUGAGGUGGAUGAUUCACCAGCCAACGAGUCAGAAGAUGCAGACAUCCGCGCCAGUGUUGAAAAUUCUGGCGAUUUUUGGAUCCAGGCAGCUUCUCUUAAAUUCUCCUUGGAGAAUGUACGUCUUGAGGAAAAACGUGAUCGCUUCAAUCUUUUCUGUAACACGACCAUUUACGUGUUCGUUCGUCACUUCCGUACUUUGUAUGAGAGACUCUUGGAGAUCAAGAUUAUGGACGAGGAGGUGAAGAAGGAGAUUGCGCUGAGAAAAUUACCGCAGUUUGCAAAGGACUUGAAUCUUGUAUCCCAUCAACUAGAGGAUUUAGGAGUGGAUAUUGUUUCUGGUCCUCAGAGUUGUUACGAGCAAGUUCUCUCGCUAGCAGAACGGUUGUUGGAUGGUGAGAUUGAACAUCAAUGGUUCGAAGAGAGUUUGCGCCAAGCUUACAGAAACAAAGCAUACAAAUGUUACACUCUCGACAAGGUCGUCCAGUCAAUGGUAAAGUAUAUGCAUACCAUGAUCACUGACUCGAAAACAUCCGAGAUGCUUUUGUUGUACGAGCAGGAUCGUAAAAGUCCUUCCACGACUGCAAAAGACCAAAUUUUGUACCGUAUGCAAGUGCGUAACCUCAUGAACACCGAGGAAAACAUGUUCAAGGUGUCUUUCCAAGAGUCAACGAAUACGAUGAACAUUCAAUUCGUGGGCCUCGACGAUUUGACUAUCAACGAUCAUGCUAAUGCUGAGGAGAUGUACAACUAUUACGUUACGUCAUAUGUCAUGUCUCAUCCAACUGAAGGUGUGCCGAUUUCGAAAAUCAAUAUGCCCUUCCAUAAGAGCUUCAUUCAAUCAAUUGAAGAAGAACAAUGUGAAGGCUCUCUGUUGAGCGAGCUUCGUGUUUCGAUCUGCGAAAACUCUUACAGGUUGUUCUUUGAAAAGGACACUUAUGAUGAGUUCACAGCCAAGUCAUUGUUUUCGAAAGCUAAGGAUGCCGUGGUGGCUUCACCAAGCGAAAAGCUCGAGUCACUCAAGCUGAUUUUGGAAUCAUCUGCACCAUGGAACUCAAACUUGUCUGAAGAAACAAGCUCGAAACUUCAGACUAGUUUUGACUUGCUUUUGAAUGAGGGAGCAGCAGCAUAUAAGAAACUGGAGGCUGGGCAACACAACAACAGUGACACUGCGCAGCGCGAAACUGACUCUGUGAAUGCAGAAGAGAACCCAGAAGAAAAAAGCGAAGAAAAAGAAUCAAAUGAAGGAGAUGAUAAGAAAGCAGACACUCAGGAUGAAGGCAUAGAAUCAGGAAUCACAACGGAAGGACCCGUUUCCACAAGCAGCUUCAAAGUCAAUCCUGAUGCAACCAUAGAUGCUGAUUCUACUGUAGUUCAGGAUGCAAAUGACACUACAAUUCAGCAGGAUGCCAACGAUACUACCAUGGAUGAUGCCACCGAGCCUGGAUCAUUCAAUGGAACUGGCAAUUAA